GCUUGCCCUUCCUGGUAACGUUAGCAACGUGACAACAGAUCGUGGUGUAGUGGUCGCUACUGUGUGAAAAUGCAGGAGGAACGCUUUGCUUUUAAUGUGGAGUGGUAUGACCCCAUGGCUGCUCUCCUGCGGCUUUACCAACUGUUCUACUACCCCAAAGAUGGCUCAGUGGAAAUGUUUGAUGUAAAGAACCAGCGAAUAUUUUUGAGAAGGACCAUAUACGACGACCUCCAUCAAGAGGACCUGUUUGUUGGGAACCGAGUGAGCGUUUUGUCACGACAGCUUAAUCUGACUGACUAUGGAGAUCUGUACACAGCAAACAAACUUGGCAGCAAAAAAGAAAGGACUCUUGCUUUGAUAAAGCCAGACGUAGCUACAAAGAUCGGAGAUGUCCUUGAAAUGAUAUACUCCUCCAACCUGAUUGUGACCAAAGCCAAGAUGACAAAGCUCACUUGGAAAGAAGCGGCAGAGUUUUAUGUGGAACAUCAGUCAAAGCCUAUCUUCAAUAACCUGGUGCAGUUUGCGACCUCGGGGCCUGUAGUUGCCAUGGAGCUGAUGGGUGAUGAGGCCAUUUCUACCUGGAGGAAACUCGUGGGACCCACAGACUCGGCUGUGGCACGGAGGGAGGCACCGCAGAGUGCCCGUGCCCAGUUUGGAACAGAUGGCGUCAAAAACAUUGGACACGGCUCUGACUCACUUGCUGCAGCAGCAAAAGAGCUUGAAUUUUUUUUCCCAUCCACAAUUGGCCAUGGUCCCUCUAACACAGCCCUCUGUACAGACUGCACAUGCUGCAUCAUCAAACCUCAUGCCAUAUCAGAAGGUUUGACGGGGAAGAUCCUCAACUCCAUAUCUGCGGCUGGAUUUGAAAUCUCAGCUCUUCAGAUGUUCAAUGUGGACCGAGCCAAUGCAGAAGAAUUCUAUGAAAUUUACAAAGGUGUUGUGACAGAGUAUCUUAGUAUGGUGACCCAGCUAUGUACUGGACCCUGCAUGGUCCUGGAGAUCCGUGGCACCGACGCACCGCAGACAUUCAGGGAGUUCUGUGGACCUGCUGAUCCAGAAAUUGCACGGCACCUUCGUCCAGCCACACUGCGUGCUCUCUACGGCAAAGACAAAGUGAAGAACGGCGUCCACUGCACAGACCUCCCCGAGGACGGUGUUCUAGAGGUGCAGUAUUUCUUCAAGAUUUUGGACGGAUGAGCAGAAGAGGAAACACUCACUUCAAACACAAAGACUUGAGAGUUGUCUGUUUAUUGUUUCAGCCUUAUGCAGAUUAAAUAGUGACAAGAGCAGACUCCUGACAAGUGUUUUGAUCUUCAACACUGAAUUAAGUAUUUUCACACCAACUACACAUCUUAUUACAUGGGAUACUGCAUUGCCUCUGAUAUUCUCUAACCUUUUGACCAGCGACUUUGGUAUUGGAUUCAUACAUUACACUUUGAAAAAAAAAUGUACAACUGCAUAAAUAUAAAAUUCUU